UACAUUCCCACAAACGGACUCAACUUCCUCCAACUCCAACCUCAAAGUUCUGUGCUGUGUCGUUGUCGCCUUGCUUUGAACCUGAAGAGGGAGCUUUCUGUAGAAUUUCCAUGGGAAACGCUAACGGAAGAGAAGUUGGACAUGCUGACAAGGAUGUUCAUCGAUAUUCCGCUGCUGAUCCUGGCCUCCGUGGGAAUUUCCUGUUGGAUUCUCCGCCUCCGGUUCGACCUGCUGUGGGUGCUCCGCAGUCGAGGUCGCCGAUCUUUUCCGUUCCUCAGGUUGCUGUUGCCCCUUCACCUAGAGGUAACGUCUCUCCUAUUCUCAGUCAUUUACGGAAGAAUGAAACCCCCCAUGGAAUUGUUGAUCAACCUCAAGAGCGACAAAUUCCUGUCAUAAUAACAUGGCAUUAUGGUGGUAGCCAUGUUUGUGUCGAGGGAUCUUGGGAUAAUUGGGCGCAUAGGAAGAUACUGCAGAGGUCUGGCAAGGAUUUCUCAGUUCUAAUGGUCCUGCCAUUGGGCAUAUAUCACUACAAAUUCAUUGUUGAUGGCCAACCUAGAUAUCUUCCAGAGCUUCCUCAUGUAGCUAAUGAGAUGGGCCACAUCUACAAUCUUCUCAAUGUUAAUGAUUACGUGCCUGAAAACCCCAAAUGCGUGAGUGAAUUUGAGGCUCCACCAUCUCCAGACUCCAGCUAUGGUCAAUCAUCCCUAACCGAUGAAGACUUUGCAAAAGAGCCAAUGGCGGUUCCUUCACAGCUACACCUGACUGUCCUAAAUAAAGAGAACUCAAUUGUAGGUAGCCCUUCGAACUCCAAGCCUCAACAUGUGGUCCUAAACCAUGUCUUCACUCAUAAAUACUCGGCCUCCCAGUCUGUUGUUGCCCUUGGAUUGACCCACAGGUUCCAGUCCAAGUAUGUGACAGUGGUCCUUUACAAACCACAAAGUGUGCAAAAGUAAAUAUACAACGGAUGUAACAUCCCUUUCUUUUAUGUUUCAUUCUCUUCUUUCUUUCUUUUCCUUUCUUUUUUGGGUAGCUUCAGCCUGUAAAGAUAAAAGCAUACAUCAGCUUUAAGCUUUAAGGUUUUGUGAUAUCCUACAUUCAUACAAGAGAAUAUACAUGAUGCAUUUUGGGUAGACAGGAAACAAUAGAUGAAUUUAGUGAUUGAAAUGUGGAUUUUAUAUAUAAUCAUGUUUUUCUA